AUGUUCUCGACUCCGACACCACAAAAUAAGAAAUUUUUCCCGGAAAGGCUUCUUAGUCUUAGUCGGGUUGAGAUCUUUUCAUUCAGCACCCAUGACCUUAUUUCCAUAGAAAUCAAUAUCAUAACGUGUGAAGUAAUCUAUCUAUCUAUCUAUCUAUCUAUCUAUCUAUCUAUCUAUCUAUCUAUGGUGGACUCUCCCGUCGUAUUCGACCGGCUGCGUCCCGUUACUGUUUCUUGUCAUCUAUCUCUCCGAUUCUCUCGUUGUUCAACUCGAUAUUUAUCCGCUUUCAACCCUCUCUCUUCUUCCUUUCUUUCUUUCUUUCUUUCAACCCUCUCUCUCCUUUCUUUCUUUCUUUCUUUCUUUCUUUCUUUCUUUCAACUCUCUCUCUCUCUCUCGUUUUCUUUAUUUCUUUUAACCUUCUCUCUCGUUUUCUCCGUUUCUUUCCUUUUAACCCUUUUUCACGUUUUCUUUCUUUCUUUCUUUCUUAAAUUUCUUUCUGUCAACCCUCUUUCAUGUUUUCUUUCUUUCUUUUCUUUCUUUCUUUCUUUCUUUCUUUUCUUACUUUCUUUCUUUUAA